AUGAAAUUUAUUGAUAAGUAUCCGUGGAAGCCCACGCCCACGCCCACGCCCACGCCCAAUCAAAUCUGCUGAAAAGCCCCUCCGUAGUCCUUAGCAAGCGCCGGAUGCGUUGUGCGCCACCGCCGGUACCCAGACCGCCAGACGUUUGAACAUAGAACCUCAGAAUUCAGGGGUCCAACUCCUCACAAGUGCCAAUCCCCAAAUCUGAUUCUCUUCUCCGCUCAUUCUCUGCCCUCCAAAAUGCUCUCCCGAUUCGCUUCCAAACGCUUCCUGGAGAUCCGUCAAACUUUCCGCCAAAUUCCUCAGACGUCGCGGUCUUUUUCCACUGCCCUAAACUAUCAUAUUGAUUCUCCAGACAACAAUCUAGAGAUUCCUUGGGAGUUCUCUGAUACCAACAAAAAACGGGUUAAGGAGAUUCUUCAGCACUAUCCAUCCAACUACAAGCAGUCUGCAGUUAUUCCUUUGCUAGAUCUUGCCCAACAGCAGCAUGGUGGUUGGCUCCCUGUUUCGGCUAUGAAUGCUGUGGCAAAGGUUAUUGAAGUUGCUCCUAUUCGUGUAUAUGAAGUUGCAACAUUUUAUUCAAUGUUCAACCGGACAAAAGUAGGGAAGUACCACCUUUUAGUUUGUGGAACAACUCCCUGUAUGAUACGUGGUUCACGAGAAAUUGAAGAUGCCUUACUUAAACACCUAGGAGUGAAGCGCAAUGAAGUAACAAAGGAUGGAAUGUUCUCUGUUGGAGAAAUGGAGUGCAUGGGAUGUUGCGUGAACGCUCCGAUGAUAACUGUGGCUGAUUACUCCAAUGGAUCUGAAGGAUAUACUUACAAUUACUAUGAAGAUGUUACUCCAAAGCGAGUUGUUGAGAUAGUUGAGAUGUUGAGAAGAGGGGAGAAGCUACCGCCGGGCACACAAAAUCCAUUGCGUUGUAGGAGUGGGCCACAAGGAGGGAAUACUACAUUAUUAAGUGAGCCAAAGCCCCCUCCGUGUCGCGAUCUUGAUGCCUGUUAAAAUUCAGCUGGCAAUUGUUUGCAAUAAUGCAAAGCUUGGAUUUUGUGGGUCGUCUCUGGGUUGUAAGUUCUUAUUGAACCUAAACGUCUAACAAUAUUUUGCAUUUCCCUAGUUGUAUGGUUUCUGUUGUACAAGAACUUGGUUUUAUGGUCUCUCUUUCAAGAAAGAGAUUAUCGUUGACAGCCUGAUUCUUGCAGAUGCUGCCUAUUGACAUUGUAGUUCAAUACUGGGUUCCCCUGCACCAACAAAGUUGAAAUCUACAAUUAGUAGUCCCGUAGUUAUUUGAGUUAUUUUCAGUGUAUUUGCAAUAAAUAUCUGAAUUCAAGAUUAUCCCAUGUCAAAUUACUGGUGGUUUUACAAGAACGAAGUUCUUCCUCUAUCUCCUCUUUUGCAAGGGGGGUUAAUCUUUAUAUAUACCAUAGAUAACAAGACCAAA